UCUCUGUCACCAAGGGCAAGCCCUGUCCUGAACUUCCUUUUUUUCCUGUGCUGUCCAGGCACCUGUGACAAUGGUGGCACCUGGAUGCAGGGCCUCUGUCACUGCCCCCUGGGGUUCUCUGGAGACCACUGUGAGCUCCAGGAGAUCAGGUGCCAGAAUGGGGGUAAAUGGGAUGGCCUCACGUGCCACUGCCCUAGUACCUUCUCUGGCUCCUGUUGCGAGUUUGUGGUGGGACAGGUGGAUCUGGACACUGUGGAUGCCGAAGUGGGCAUGGAGGUGUCUGUUGACCAGGAGUUCUCCCCGGACCUCAAUGACAGCACUUCUGCGGCCUACAAGGAUUUCAGUGACACCUUCCCAGAUCAGAUGCAGAAGAUUUACCAAAAUGUGCAGGGGUUCAAGGAUGUGGAGAUCCUAUCAUUGAGGAGUGGCAGCAUUGUGGUGGACUAUCUGGUCCUGCUGGAGUUCCCCUUUAGCCCCCAGCUGGAGACCGAGUAUGAGAAGAUGAAGUCAAUCCUGAAGGAGGAGCUCCAGAAUGUCAGCCAUAACGGGGACAGCUGCCAGCAUAACCAGACCCUGUGUUUUAAGCCUGACUCCAUCAAGGUGAACAAUAACACCAGGAAGGAGCUGACUCUGGAAGCCAUCUGUCGCCGCGCCACUGCCAAAGGCUAUGAGGAUUUCUACUUCCCCUUGGUGGAGGAGAACCGGCCCUGCGUCACCAAAUGCACUUUGGGCGUGGACGGCCCCAUCAACUGUCACCAGGGCCAGUGCCUUGUGGAGAGGAGCGGUCCUGCUUGCCGCUGCUUCUCCACGGACACGCACUGGUUCUCGGGCCCGCGCUGCCAGGUGGCCGUCGCCUGGAGUGCUGCUGCUGGGGCUGCUGGCGUCCCUGAGCCUCUUCGUCGCGCGCUCCCGCUCCCGGCGAGGUGGCCAAAGGGUCCCAGCUGGGGCGGCCCUGCUCUGACACGGCGGCCGGCCGGCGCGUUGCCCCGACCCAGGUCCUGGGAUGACGACAGGAAAUGGUUCGAGAUCUGGGAUGAGGACACUGUGGGGACUUUUUCAAACUUGGGCUUGGAGGACGACCAAACAGUCAAGGAAGAACACUUCCAGGUGGCCUUGGAGACUGUGGACACCAAUGUGAGGGUGCAUCUCCAGAGGCCUGAGGUUGGCUUCGUCCUUGCUGUGAGCCCGGCACCUCCCCCGCUGCCCUGCCCCAGACAGUGAGAAGAAACCGUCUGAACUGCAUCCAUUUUAAGGGAUGGCCCGAGGACUUGGGCAACUCUGUCUCCUGGUUUCCUUGAGCAAACUCAGACCAUCUCCCUGACCCUCCUCCUUCUCCGGGCUUGGGUGAAGCUCACUGGAGACCCAGUUCAAAUCCAGGCUCUUGCACUGUGGGGCCUUGGCCAAGUCAGUCACUUUUCCGAACCCUGUUAAGAUGAGUAGGGCAUCUUUGUCCUGAUACCCCGUGUGGUUAGUGUGAAAACCAGACGCGCUCUGUCAGAUCUCUGUCCCAGUGCACCUUCCUGUGUCUGCCCUUGUGCUUAUGUGGUCUCUCGCAGAUCCCCGCCCCCACAUCCUUUGGGGGUCUCUAUUCUCCUGUGAGCAUCCCUACCCCCGUUCCCCACCUGAGCCUGUAACCAUCCUCCGACCAGCUCCUUAUGUAACUCCUUGCUGCACCCCUGGCUCCCUGCCUUAGAUCUCCCCCUAGGAACCCACUUCUUAAAUCGCUCCCCAGCCCAGCACUCAGCCCCAAGUCUCCCCCAGCUUGUCCCCUCCCCCGCCCUUAUAAUCUCAGCCCUAAAUCCUUAGCACCCCCCAUCCCAGGGCCCCAGUCUUAAAUCCUCCCUCCUCCCUGCACACCCCAUUCCCAGCCACGUAUGGAUGUCCUCUCCCUCUCAGGCCCCCCAGCUGGUGCUCCUCAGGCCCUGGUCCCCCAUUCUGAGGCUCCAUUCCUUCUUCUCGAUCCCAAAGGCCCAGGAUCCCAAUUUUCUGGGGCCUCAAGGAGGAGCAGAAGCAGGGCCCUGAGGUGGAGAAGCUCCCUCAGCCCUUUGUCCUCACUGCCCCCUCUCCCCCAUCCCCUACUACGUCACCCUCCCAACACUCCCCCCACCGUGCCCCUUUCUUCUCUGGCUUCACCCCCAUCCCUGCAGUAACCUCAGAGGCCAGAAGUCCCCAGCCUUCUUUUUUUUUUUAAUUUUUAUUGUUAUGUUAAUCACCAUAUAUUACAUCAUUUGUUUUUGAUGUAGUGUUCCAUGAUUCAUUGUUUGUGCAUAACACCCAGUGCU